AUGUUCAAGGCGGCGUUGCUGGAGACAAUCGACGCCGAGCGUCAAGACCUCAUCAGCUUUCUCCAAUCCUUGACCCGCGCCGACUCUUCAAAUCCUCCCGGCGACACAAUAGCAGCAGCGUGUGUUGUUACUACCUUUCUGGCAUCUCGCGAUGUUCCCUCCACAAUCAUCGCGCCAAAAAGCCAUGCGCCCAACGUCACCAGCACUUUCCCGGCAGUAUCACAAUCACCAGCUCACAGCCGUUCCUCGUCAUUACAUCAACUAGAUGGUUACCAUUCUCCAAACCCAGUGGACUCGCCAUUCGAAGGCAGUGGAAUUUCAACGCCGAAACCUGGCCCACGACUGGUCAUGAACGGACACAUUGAUGCUUUUCCCAUUUCCGACUCGGAGAAAUCACAAUGGACUCACGAUCCCUGGUCUGCAGACAUCGAAAACAAUCGACUCUAUGGACGUGGAGUUGUGGACAUGAAAGCUGGAACUGCUGCGACCAUUGCCGCCUAUACAUACAUUUUCGCGCAUCGACAUCUCCUGAAUGGCACUGCCGUGCUCGAAGCAGUAUCCGAUGAAGAAACUGGUGGAAAGUGGGGUAGCAAAUAUCUCCUAAAUGAUGACGAUAGAAGAGAUACCUGGACGGGAGAUGUGAAUCUCAAUGCGGAACCCACAGGUCUACAGAGCAUACGCUUCGCCGAGAAGGGCACGUUGCGCAUCAGCUUUUCAGUCAAGGCCAAGAGCGCACACGGAGCCUACACACAUCUAUCCGAAGGCGCAAUUCGGAUUGCAACAAGGUUGAUCACUGAACUAGUCAAACUAGAAGACUUUUCCAACUUCAAGGUGGAUCCUGAAGUAAGAGAAUACCUGGAUCGACAAGAGGUACGGGACACGGUGGACGAGAUCAUGGGUGCUGGUGCCUCCAACAAUAUUCUCAAGCCGACAGUGAACAUCGGAACCAUCAGUGGUGGCACAAAGGUCAACACUAUCCCAGGUGACUGCAAAUUCGAAGCAGAAAUCCGCCUGCCAAUUGGCCUAGUCGCCGAGACCAUUCUCAAAGAGAUCGAUGCCAUACUCAAGAACUUCCCUGGAGCCAGUCACGAGGUGCAGGAGGCAGCCUCCAAUCCACCCAACCUAUGUCCUUUUGACCAUGCAAUCACGCGUGCGAUAGCGGGUAAUGCCGAACACAUACUCGGACGAAAGCCAAUCGCGAUACCAUCACUCGGUGCGACUGACGCCAAGCACUGGCGAUACAAAGGCGUACCAGCUUAUAGCUAUGGUCUUUCGCCAGAGGGCAUGGCUGGUAUUGACGAGAGUGUCGACCUCGAUGAUUACAUCAAUCUCAUCAAGAUUCUCACAUUGACUGCAUGGGACUUUCUGACUGGUCCUGAGUAG